GUGAUGAUAAAGGCGUCCCGUUUCUGGAUUUGGAUAUGAACGCCAUGCGAUUCAAGCAUGAUGAUACUGCCUUUCCAAGGUCUUUCUGCAGUGCCCCAUGUCAACGUGGUCAAGCUAAACUGCAGCUAGAAGGCGACACAUGCUGCUGGUUGUGCACCAAUUGUUCCACCUUCCAGUAUCUACCAGACGAAUACCACUGCAGGGAUUGUCCCUUCGGCACGUUACCUAGCGCCACUAAAACCACUUGCGAGCCAAUUCCAGAAGCCUAUCUCAGCUACAGCAGCCCAUGGGCCAUCGGGACUAUGGCUUUUGCAGGAUUAGGAAUCAUGACCACCACAGUGGUGGCCAUCGUGUUCUGGGCUUAUGGAGAUACACCUAUCAUCAAGGCAUCCGGCAGAGAGCUCAGCGGACUUUUGCUUUUGGGAAUCUUCCUGUCCUUCGGUAUGACGUUUGUCAUCGUCGCAAAACCGGCACCUUGCACUUGUGGCAUCACGCGUUUUUUCUUGGGGUUCUGCUACACUCUAUGUUACGCAGCUAUCGUUACAAAGACUAAUAGAAUAGCUCGAAUAUUCAAUCAAAAGCGGAAGAAGCCCUGCCAGAAGCCACGGUACACCAGCCCCAAGUCUCAACUCAUCAUCACUGCUCUCUUGGUCUCUGUCGAAGGCAUCAUCAAUACUACUUGGCUCCUGUACGACCGUCCGGCAGUCACCCACAUGUAUCCAACCCGGGAAGAGAAUGUUCUCAUAUGUCUGGGGUCUGACACCGCAUCUUAUCUCGUAGGUCUCAUCUAUCCUUUUAUACUAAUCGGAUUUUGCACAGUAUACGCUUUCAAGACGAGGAAGUGUCCGGAUGGGUUUAACGAAGCUAGAUAUCUGACUUUUACCAACUACACUACUUGCGUCAUCUGGCUUGCUUUUUUGCCUCUCUUCGUACUCAGCACCAGCAAUACAAUCCGGGCAGUAACCCUCAGCUCACUCCUCAGCCUCAGCGGUGCAGUACAGCUGGCCUGUCUGUUCAUGCCCAAGGUGUACAUUGCCCUUUUCAAGCCAGAGAAAAAUACCAAGGAAAGUGUCAUGUGUCACCACAACCGGAAUUCUUCCUGCCUCACACUACCUGCAGCUGCUAUGUACCAGGGUAUGCCAUCCAUACUUUUGAACGGGGGUUGUAAAGAUAACUACAGGAACAGCACUUGCUCUUCAGCAUCACCAUCUUCCAUACGAAAUUCCAACAUUCAGGCACCUAGUCCAGUAAGCAAGCACAAUUCUGAUCACAAUCUGUGCUACUCCCAACAACCUGAAUCGAGGCAACGCCAUAUUAAAAAUACCUGCUCCAUUACUCAACAAAAUAUGAAUUUAGCCUUGACCCCAACUGCUCCCAGUUGCGGGCAUCAGAAUUAUACAGGAGUAGAUCAACAUAUGACACUCUGAACUGCCAUGAAAAUGUUUUAAAUAUAUAUUUCUCGUUAUAAUACUCAAAUCUAAUGCCAUUCUAAAGUCAAGGUGCUAAUAGAAGUCAUGAAAGAAUGGUUAGAGAUUAUUAGGUGUUCAGGAUAUAUGUAUAUACAAAGUAAUUAUCGUGUUUGACGUUUAAACAAAGCAUAUGUUCAUAAACAUACAUAUGGUUUUAAAUACAUGUGAUAUACCUCAACGUUUAAUCUGAAAUGUGAAGUGGUUCUUUGGUUAAGUCAAUUCUUGAACAUCUUUUUCACAAAUAUUCUUUCGUUAGAAGAUCGAAACUCGGAAUUUUUUUAUAAUCCAGGUACUUGGCUGAGAACGUUCUUCGUCAACAUGAAUCUCCAGAUUACCAACUGGGUUUGGCUAUGAUAGAUGCGUACAAAUGAAAGACUUAAGAUGUCGUCCCAGCCCGUGGGAAAUAAAAGAUAAAAGCAUUCUUCUCAGUCCCAGUUUGACACAUUUUGCUGCGAAUGGAUUUUCAGAGAACAAAUUUCAUUAUGUACACUUUUUCAUAUGUAUGGAUGAAUGAUAUUUUUUAUUUCGUAUAUACAGCUGGCAACAAAUUUUAUUUGUGUUGCGUCUUAGUAAGCUUUAUUUAAAUAGAGGGAUGGGACAUUCGAAUCUUCAAGUACAGUUGCAGGAAACUUGCAGGAAAUCUUGCAGGAAAUUCUAAACUCAAAAUUUUUGCUUUUUCUUUCCGUCAUUUAAAUCCAAAGCAUAAAAAGCGUUUACAUAUUUUAAUUCAAAAUUUUGCGAAGAUUAGUUUCAUUGACGACCAAUAGAAAUAUUCGUUAAAAAUGAGCGCCACUGUUAGAGUAUCGAUGGAUUUGAAUUACCAAUCCUGAUUGGUAAUCGUGACGAUCCUGAUUGCCAUUCAUUUAAAUUUUGGAGCAGAAUUCAGUGUUCCGUGUUUAGUGUUUGUUUAUUUAUAUUAAAGUUUUAAAUAAUUCUCUUUCGUCUACAUUUGCUUUGAUUUAAAUAAAUUCUGAAAACACCUACACAUUCUCAACUGUUACUCAGAUAUUUUGUGACAUAUUAUACUGGGAAAAUGGACUUCCGGAUUUGCGAAUCCUAAUCGCGUAAUUAAUUCAUUUAUUCAAUUUCAGUUGCAUCUUCUUAAUGCAUAUAAUUGUAUUUUUAAAAACAAUAAUUUUAGUUUUAUUUUCCAGUUAAACGUAUACUUCAAAUUUUGCCUAAAUUAAAAAUCUUGUUGAUAAGUAAAAUAAUUUUUAUUAUUAUUAUUUUUAUAUAGAGGAUUCAAAAGUCAUUUAGAGCUCGGAUUCUAAAAAAAAUAAAAUUUUUUUUUUUUUUUUUUUUUAAUUAAAAAUAUUAGGAUUUGUCCCAUCUCUGUUUAAGUGUAUUUAUACUCUGCAUCAUUUAACCAACUUUUACUAUGAAGUAUUUCAUUGUGAAUAGAAUUCUAGUCCUUCAUUAUGUAUUAUACGGGAUAAUAAAAAAUAACUACAUGUUGUC